AUGACUAGGGCCUGCGCUUUCGAGGGCAGUGCGCCCAGGCAGCACAAGGAGCUUGUUAAAACCGUGCAGCUGGAAGGCCAGGUUUUGCUUAAGAUUAUCCAGCACUGCAGCGAGGCGCUUCCUCAACUUGUAACGGGUCAGCUGCUCGGGCUGGAUGUUGGCCAGCAGUUGGAGGUGACGGAUUGUUUUGCUUUCCCGGCAGCUGUUGCUGACGAUGACGCCGAGGCGGAGUCCGCUGGCGCCAACUAUCAGCUGGAAAUGAUGCGCUGCUUGCGUGAGGUUAAUGUGGACAACAACACAGUUGGAUGGUACCAGUCCGCCAACAUGGGCACAUUCCAAACUCUGGAGCUGAUAGAGACUUUCAUCAACUACCAUGAAAAUAUAAAGAAGUGCGUGUGUAUUAUUUAUGAUCCACAGCGCUCUUCGCGCGGAAACCUGGCACUCAAAGCUGUCCGGCUGAAGGAGUCGUUCAUUGAGUUGUCCAAGGAGCAGAAGCUGACACUGAAGGGCUUCCGGGAGGCCGGCCUGUCGUGGCGGGAUAUUUUUGUGGAGCUCCCCAUCAAGGUCCGCAACUCGAAUCUUGUGCAGGCGCUCGUGGCAGACUUGAUUCCAGCGCCCACGGCCACCCAGGCUGACGUCGACAAGCUCAACUUGUCGGUGGCCCCCUUCCUUGAGCGCAAUAUCCAGAGCCUUGUAGAGUGCGUUGACGACAUUGUGCAGGAACAGCAAAAGGUAACUAUGUACCACAAGACUGUGGCGCGGCAGCAGCAGCUUUAUUCAGCAUGGCUGGUGAAACGCCGGCAAGAGAACACGCAGCGGCUGCAGGACAAUCUGGAAGCACUGCCGGAGGAGGACCCGACGCUCUUCAAGCCGAUUCCGGAACCUUCCAUGCUGGACAACUACCUGGUCACCAACCAGAUCGCGACCUACUGUGAUCAGAUCAAUAUUGCUGCCAGUGAGGCCAUCCAAAAGCUGUUUCUCAUGGAGAGCAUGCAGAAGGCAGGCCUGUGAGGGAACAGGCAGCUGGGGGGUUUGAUUGGAAAUGGAUAAGCGUUCGCGGCAGCCGUGUUUUAGGCCGUGAAUGCGGUACAGGUGACGCGUCUGUAUGGCAAGUGGUACAGCGUGACACGUAAGUUUGCACGGCCAAUGACAUUUGUGGCAGAAGGAUGGGUUGCGCAUGUUGGCAGGCAGCUGACCCGAAAGCCAUCGUUCUAUUAUGGAGUGCAUGGGCGGGUGUCUGGGGUUUGGGGCGCGGAACCUGGUGGAUCACUUGGUAGCGGCAUUGUGCAGCGGGCCAGCCCACACUCUGUAUGUUCUUAAUGCAGCCCGCCUUCCUUGGUUCGAACAAACAUGCGGAUUGGUGAGGCCCGGGCUGUGCAUGUGGGUUUGCCAGGAAAUGUAGUUAUUGUUGUAGACGUGGGGCAUGCGAUAAGCUGUCUUCAAGGAGCCAUAGGGGCUUGCAGUGAGCAGGCUUUGGUCGUCAUCGCAUAAACCCGCUCUGUGCAACUGCAGCGGCACGGCCUCGGACGCGGCUUUACAUUAGGGCAUGCUUCAAGAGAGGACGCAGGAGUGAUGCACAUGAGGGGGACGGUUGGUUCCAUGCCAGUGUGCUGGCGCGGACGCGUUACUUUAUACGCGUUACUUUAUAACUCUUCAUGUAAUGAUUAGGUAUCCCAGC